UUAGAUGCUGGGAGGGCAGUUCACGCCCCAUCACACAUUACAGAAAAAGUGGUGCAACUGUUCCGGAGUAAAAGUGAAUUCACCUUCUUGGCCACCAUCCAACAGAAGUCCUCCACAUCAGGAGUCAUAUUCUCAAUCCAUGAGUCAGAACACAGUUACUUUGAGCUGGAAAGCAGUGGCGUGAGAGAGGAGAUCAGAUACCACUACCGCUUUAAGGGCAAGCCACGGACUGAGUCCUUCCCCUAUAGGCUUGCUGAUGGGCAGUGGCACAAGAUCGCUCUCACAAUCAGCACCUCCCACCUCUUGCUGCACGUUGACUGUAACAGGAUUUAUGAGCGGGUGAUAGACCCCCCUCAGAUGGAGCUUACCUUGGGCAGUGGAGUGUGGCUUGGGCAACACAGCCACAAGCAUGGUCUGUUUAAGGGCAUUAUCCAGGAUGUGAAACUGAUCUUUGCACCAAAUGGCUACAUCACACAGUGUCCUAAUCUUAAUCGCACCUGUCCCACCUGCAGCGAUUUCCUAAGCCUAGUGCAAGGCAUCAUGGACCUUCAGGAGCUACUCGCCAAGAUGACCCUGAAGCUGAAUUAUGCAGAAUCUAGACUGACCCAACUAGAGGGAUGUCACUGUGAAAGGACCUGCAGCGCCAAUGGCCAGGUGUACCGGGACAAAGAGCUUUGGGUGGAACCUGAAAAUUGUAGGAAUUGUGCAUGUAAGAAUGGUGUGGUGGAGUGUCGCAGGAUCUUCUGUCCCCCAGCAAAUUGCACAGAUGACACGCUGCCUGUACACGUUAAUGGGACCUGCUGUAAAACAUGCCGACCAAAAUGUACCUACAUGGGACUGACGUUUGCUGAGGGUCAGCGCUUUCUAUCAAGGACAUGCAAGGAAUGCAAGAAUGGCUUGAUGGUGAAAGUUACAGAAACGUGUCCAGAGAUUAACUGCACCGUCGUUGAGCAGAUCUUACCAGAAGGCAGAUGCUGCAAUGUUUGCAGAGGUUAUGACUUCUGCGCAGAGGGACUCAUUUGUGGAGAAAACUCUGAGUGUAAAAACAGGAAUACUAAAGCAGAGUGUGAAUGUAAGAGCGGCUAUGCCUCCAUCCAUGGGGAUUCUACUUAUUGUGAAGCAUGUCCCACUGGAAGGUUGCCCAGGGGGCAACCGGACCUGGUGGAGGUACUAUGUCUCCGGCUGGUCUAUGAGCGUCUCAGGCUUCCUCCAGCAGAGAUGGAGGAGGUGUCUGUGGUGCAUUUCCUGACCAUCUCUGAGCUGUGGGGGAUUGGGCUGGUAAUCCUCGAGCCAGAGGGUUCAUUGGCUUACUGCUCUGAAUGGUCUGCAGGCUAG